CCCCCACUGCGCUGCCGACGCAGCGCCGCCGGGCAGCUUGGAAUUUCGGAGCAGCCGCGGACGGCGUUCCCCGCGGUGCAGCGUGAGUGCGCCCCUGCUGUGGGUGGGCCGUUCUCGUGCAGACGUGCUGUCUCGUGUGGAUCGGAAACCGCACGUUCUGCAGCUUAUUUGCUAAAUGUAGCCGCCGUGUGGGGAGCCCAUCGUUUCCCCCCAGCCCAGGCCGCUUGUAUUUGCAGCUCACGCAGAAACAGGCCUGGUCAGCAGGCGCACCCCCCACAUACACACACCCUGUCCCAGCCUCCCCAAAUAAGAAACUUAUGCAAAUUGUUAUCAUAAAAGAUCGUUUUUUAAUGACCUCCAUCUCGGAGCCAGGGGCUAUCUCCCCGGAUCCUGAUAAGAACUCAGGCUCUUCACUGGCACCCCCGACCGACCUCGGGGGCUUGGCGCAGAGAAGCAUGAGGGCAGGCUUGCUAAGUGGACGGUGGUGAAUACUGGGCUUCAGGCCCCUGCAGGGAGGGCUUCCUCGCUACCCUUGGGGGACAGGAACACUCCAGACCUCCCUUUUGCUAUCAAAGGAGGAGAGUCAAAUCUGAAGCCUUCUAGAAAAAGGCAGUGUGUUGUUGGGGAGCGAGCCUGGACUUGAGAAUGAGACAGAAAUGGGCUUGAAACCCCAGUUCAGCCACUUAUUUGCUGGUGAACUUGGUUAGCUCAUUGAACCCUUGGCUUCCUCACUCUUGAGUUGCAAAACGGUCAUCAUCACAUCAGGUAAAUCUGGUGGACGGGCCACAUGCAGAUGCCUGCUCACUGUCACAGCCCCACUAAAUGACAGCAGGCAGAGGAGUAAAAGACUGCCAGUCCACGAGAACAAAAGGACAGGAAGGGAGGAAGCAGCGAGUGAAAGAUGUAAACAAAUUCUGGAACAACAGGAAGAGUGACUCACUUUACAAAGCAUCCUUGAGACCUUUGGGGGGAACGCUGAUAAGAAGUUUCACUGAGGGUGAACCGAGGCAGGGGACUGAAAAUGGGAGCCCCUGCAGGUCAGUGCAUGGAAGCUGGGCACCUGGGCCCUCCACCCCUGCCGUGGCUUCUGUAUCCAGUCCACACCCCACCCCCCCUGCUUGGGGUCCUCCAGAGAAAAGCUUUAUUGCGCACCCCAUUGCAGAGUGAAAAGCCAUUCCUGCAGUGAAGCCUCCCGCUCGGCAAAACCACGUCCCCACAGAAAGAGCAUCAAGAUGUCACUCACAGGUGAGGGCAGCCAAGGACGUCCAGGCUCAGGAGGAGAGCCUGCCGUGUGAAAGAUGGACCACACCAAGCAGACCCAGGGAGCCAAAGGAAGCUUUAGAAAGAACUGUAUUUGGGGUGCCCGGCUGGCUCCUUCGGUGGAGCACGUGACUCUUGGUCUUCGGGUGGUGAGUUCCAGCCCCAUGUUGGGUGGGGAGCCUACUUAAAAAAAAGAAAAAGCUGUAUUUGACAUUUGCAGAAAAGAUGCUGCUUCCAUGCAAUGAGGCUAGGAUUCCCCGAACAAUAACGAAUACAGAACAGUUAGGAAAUAAAGGGCUCUUAGAAAUUAAAAACAUGAGUAAAAGCUCAAGAGCAGUUUGGGAAGGUACAGUUGGGAGACAUCUGCCAGCAAGCAGACACACAGACAGAAGAUAAAGAAGCUGAGACACUGACUCUAGAAGGCGCACAGUCUAAUUCGUAGGAAUGUGAGGAAGAACAGAGAAAGCAGAGAGGCGCGGAUUAUAUUACCGAAGGGUGCAAGUGUUCACGCUGAAAGGACCCAGCCAGGGAGGAAAGGCCCUCAGCAAGCGAUGUCCGCUUGGAGGACUGCGGAUGAAGCAAAGACCCUGACAACUUUAGGAAGGACCGGGUAAGGAGGGAGAAGAUCCUAGAGGAGGGACUGAGAAUAGGACUUUACUCCUGGAACACCGGAACCCAGAGAUGGCCUCAGAUUUCUGAGGUAGGUUAUUCAUCCACAGAUUCUACACCUAGAAAAUCCUUGCACUAGGCAUAGAGACAUGGACAUAAAAGGGACAAGUUAAUUAGGUCUCAUGUCCCCACUUGCGUGGAACUGCCAGAGGGUUCCUGUCUCUACAACAUUAGGGUAUACCAGUUGGAACAUGGCCUGGCAUCCAGCAAUCGGGCUCCAACCCGGACAAGAGCCAAAGCAGAGCGCGGGAAGGUGCCUGUACAGAUGUUCCAGAAAGAGGGUGCACAGCCUGGAGCAGGAAGCUGCCGUCUCCCACAGCGGGGCCUCUGGAGCAGACAUGGAACCAACCAGGCUGUCCUCGCGAGCUUGAGCAUCCGGAGAAGGGACUUUGAGGAACUCCUCCUGUCUCUCAGAGCCUUUGGGAGAAAGUAGCACAGUGAGCAUGUACACAAACAAGCAAAGAAGAAAACGCCUUCAUGGGAAAGGAAACGUAGUGAUCGUCCCCUUGGCGGGGGACAGUAUUUACGCAGCCAUAACAACAUAAACGGUGGCCAGUGAGUUCACCCAAAGUGGUGACAAAAUCCGAACAGAGGGAGGGACCAGAGCUUCAUCUACAGUAGUAGGAAGCCUUCUGGCGCCUCGUAAAGCAGGUAAAUCGGAGAGUAGCGGUUUACAAUCUCAGGGUCUGUGGUUCGCAACUGGGGCCAGUUUCACCCACAAAGCGACGUUUGCGGUGGUCGCAGCAGAGCAGGAGCGUUACUGAUGUCCGCUGGGUCAUGAGUUUCCCGUGGCCACUGUUAAAAAAAUGACCGCAAACUUAGUGGCUGCAAACAACACAGAUUGACUAUCUUGCAGUCGGAAUUCCCAAGUUCGGAAGCGGUCUCACUGGGGUAAAAUCAAGGUGCAGAUGGGGUGCAUGCCUCCCGGUGAGAAUGCAUCCCAUCCUCUCCGGCUUUAGAGGCCCCCCUCCUCCGUCUGCCGUCUGCCAGGUGCAUCCUGCCAGCCUCUUCUUUGUCACACACACCCCCUCCACCCCGUUCUCCGAAGCCGCCUCCACACUUACCCAGGUGAUGGCCCUGGCCCACCUGCCUGAUUCAGGACCAUCUGCUUCUGCUAAGGUCUGCUGAUGAGCACCCCCGGUUCUUUCAUCUGCAACUUCUCUCCCCUGCUCUACCGCGUCUAGUAGGUGUGCACAGGUUCCAGAAUAUCUGGGGCACAUACGUCUUGGGGAGGGGCUGUUAUUCUGCCUGUACAGUGGGGGUGACGCCCAGGGAUUCUGCUGGCUGGUCCCCCACGUGUCGUAGGGUGGUGCUGAGGGUGCUUGUCACCCUGAUGAGGUGAUAAGUUAUACUGGGGGCUUCGGCGGGGGGGCUUGCAAGGAGAGCUCCGCGGGAGUGGAAAUCUUUGCUUUCUUGUUCUGGGCUGUGAGUAGGUACACGCGUGCACACAUGGCAGAUGCACUUGUGAAGACAGGACGUGCAUGGUUUACUCAAAGUACAUCGUGGCUUCUUAGAAAGCCGCUGCUGGGAUAGCAGUUGAGUUUGUGAUUUUUAAAUAAGGGGUAAGUACCGGCAGAGAGAGCUGAAGGGGUUGGGAGCUGUUGCCUCUGGAGAGCAGUACUGGGAUGUGAAAGUGUGGGUGAGGGACAGUUUUAAGUUCUUCCCUAUACUAGCAUUCUUUUUAUAAUGUAAAUUACCUUGAUAGACAUAAAUACUUUUUUAAAAAGAAGACAAAACAGAUUUGCUCAAUCGCACCGUCCUUAGGAUGGCAUCCUUGUUGGGGCCAGGGCCUGUGUGCGGUGUUGGGACUGCAAGUGGCCCCGGCCCACAGGCAGCUUGGUGCCGUUGGGGAAAGGGAGCAUGCAGGCACUCCGAAGCCAUGCUUCCCUGGUUUCUAGGAGGGUGUUGGGUGGAUGAAGGGAGAGGUGAGGCCCAGGAAGGAGAGUCAGCCCUCCUGGGCCUGUCACCUCCUCCCCUCCUCCCAGAGUGACUCCUGCAGUGGGGGGAGGGCUCAGGGCUGGGCAGGGCACAGAGCCCUUCGUCCUCCAUACCCCACAUUGGGAGUUCCCAGGACUGUGGUGUGCUUUGCUGCCCCAGCCUGGCCCUGGGCUCUCUCCCCACAUGCCUUCUGCACACUGUUGCCCAGCAGGAGCUCCGCUCUGUCUCAGCGGGGGCCCUCAUCGUCUCAUGGGCUUCACAGCCAUAAACAAGCAGGACAGGUAUUUAAACUUCAGAUCUGGAGCAUGGCGUCCUGCAGGGGACUCUCUGUGAUGCUGUGUUUGAAAUGGAUCCAUGCUGGUACCUGUCGUUCUGCUUCAUGUCCCAGCAGCCCCAGAACCCAUACCACCUUGCUGCAAGUGAUUUUGCUGGGCCCCCGCCAGGGGCACUGGAACCUUCCCCUGAUGAACUGGGGUGGGGUGGGGCUCCAGGCAGCCCCCCACCCACCCCCCGCCCCCACCAAGUACUCUUAGCAGGGAGGAUAUGCAGCGUCAGGGGACCCCAGCAGCCCGCAUCGGGCUGUGCUGCCCGCCCACUGCACACUCCAGGCGGCUCUCCAGGCCAAGGGCCCCCUCAGGGAGGCUGCUUUCCACACAGCUCCAGGUCCCUGUGGUCCGCCAGGCCCCUCCAGGUGCGCCCACAGCUGCCUCUCACCUCCUACCCGACUAGUCCCUGCGCCAGUCACCUCUCCAUCAAAGCGUUUUUACCAACAGCUCAGGAGGCCAGGAAGCCUCCAACAGGAACAGCAGGAGAUGGUGGCCCAUGCAUUCUGGGGGCAGCUACUGUGUGCCAGGCCUGGCACCGAGACCCACGCCUGGAUUCGUACUCGCACCUGGGCCGCUCUUCCCUCUCCAGCCCUCCUCCUGCUUUUCUGGAGCGCAGCGAGUACCGUGGGGGCGAGGGGGCGGGGCUGGCGAGCAGUUAUAGCGGGGUCCGCCGCGCUGGCCCACCCGACGCUCCCCCAGCUCCCCGACGACGCCGAGGUCCCGCAGUGCGCCCGGACCCAGCCGAGUCAGCUGCAGGCCUGCCCCGCCGGGCGGCAGUCAACCUGAGCGCCCUGGCGCGGGGCCCGGCAAUGCGGGGCCCUGCGGUGCGCGCCUUGCUGUUGCUCCUGCUGCUCCUGUCGCCCCCCGCUGGCGCCUGGUACAAGCACGUGGCGAGUCCCCGCUACCACACAGUGGGCCGUGCCGCGGGCUUGCUCAUGGGGCUGCGCCGAUCGCCCUACGUGUGGCGCCGAGCGCUGCGCCCUGUGGCCGGAUCCCUUGCCUGGGACACCCAAGGCCUGGGCGCGUCCCCCCAAAGGCUCUUUGCCAAAGACACCCUCUCCCCGGAGCCCAUCCCCCGCGGUGCUCUUCUGCUCUCCUCGGGGGUUCGGGAACUGUUGGAGACGGGAAGCGGGAACCCCAGCGCAGGUCUCGGGGUCAGUGCGCCUUGGAGCCAGCACGCCACUGAGCCCCAGCAGGAACUGGAGCCCCGGCUGGGGGCCCCUUCCUGGACCCGGGUGAAGCAGGCCAGAGCCUUUGGCGUGUCUCCUGUUCAGCCAUGGUCUGCACAGUGAACCACCUUUGCCGGUUCCCACUUCUCCCCAGGGCCAUCCUGAGUGCACCUCUUGCUGGUGAUGCCCCUUGUCUGACCCAGAGGGAGUCUACUUGUCUGCCUGGGCACACAGCUCAGGCCAGGCCAGAUGGUCUGUCUGGCCAAUAAAAGCUGCCUGGUUCAUGCGUU